GUACACUGUCCUGAAUUGAAUAGAACUUUAUAAUAAAUUAAGCAAUUUCCUGACGCUUAUGGAUUUUAAUGUUUUACUAGUGUUGCAAUUCUGUAGCGUUCUUUUUGAAGGCCAGAUGUGCGACACUUGCAAAGACACUUUCUAUGACUUAAAAACAAAUUGUUCUAAGUCAUGUAAUUGCAGUAUAGCCGGCUCGGCAAACUUGACCUGCGACAAGACGUCCGGACAGUGCAACUGCAUUCAAGAACCAACGCAACCGAACCGUCAAUGUACUCCUCUGAUAUCCUCCAUCACCCCAGAGUUCGGUCCGCUCGCCGGCGGCACUGACGUGACCAUCACGGGUGAACUGUUCGAAAACCACACCGUCAAACCAAUAAUACUCAUCGGUGUAAACGCUCAGGUUUUCAGAAGCAGAACUUCAAAUUCGAUUGUCUUCAAAACGAAGAAAAGCCACAACGGUUUCCAUGGCAACAUCAGUAUUCGAUGGAGCUCAAACGAAACCACUAAAGCUGGAGCGACGUUUGAAUACAGACCCGACACCACUCUCUCAGUCUCGAACAACAUCAUGGCCUACGCAAGCGGUGGUUGCAACAUUUGCUUUAACGGUACUGACUUGGACAGCGUCAAAUAUCCGAGACUUGUCGUGUAUCUGGACAAGGGCAAACCGCUGGAAUCGGAAUGCUCAUCAAACGGCACCGAAUGUCCAUCUACUGGAGACAAGUUUUUGUACUGUAAGACGCCAAAUAUAUUAACAUCUAUCACCACGAACAUAACGUUGAACUUUGGUUUUAAACUUGACGGGAUUGGCAACUACACCAAUAUAUCUGAUUACCGCUUUGUCGCCUUCAGAGACCCAGUUGUUAACAAAAAUAUUAAACAAAAACUGGACAACACCUUUGGCAAUGGACUCAUCGAAGUAACGGGGGAUGGACUGAAUUACGCCUGUAACGACGCUGACAUAAAGAUUACAGUCGGUGAAACUCCGUGUUCCAUUCAGUCCAGGUCGGACGCAAAGAUCACGUGCAAAAUCAACGAGAAGUUCCCGGGUAAAUCUAGAACAGAGGAGAUCAGGGUCACAAUAGGAAACUUCACAAGUGUGUUCGGUACAGUGGAGUUAUUAUCGUUUUGGUAUACCAUUGGAUUCUACCAUAUACUUGGCGGCGUGUGUCUUUGCGUUGUUAUUAUGCUCGUCGUCGUCUCUUGCUGUUGUUAUAGGCGACGAAAGAGCAAGGGGGCCGAAGAGCCGGGUUUCUUAGAUACAGAAUGUUACGAAAGAAAAACCCGCAGUGGAAAUUAUCACAUUCGAAUGACCCCCGCUGUACAUAUUGAAAUGGCACCAUUGUCGGCGAUUUUAAGCUCUGCAUCUGGAACAGUCCCAGCAGCCAGAAGCGUUCUCGCGCCUACCACCAGCUUCCUCUCGCCGACGCCCACAUCCAAUACAGCGUCCCACAAGGUCGCGUUCUGUGAUCGUUUGGACGAAUCGGACGCAAAACUAAUCGAGAGUUCGGUCGUCUUACGUGAACACGUAGAACUUUCAAAAAAUCCCAGAUUCACCAACCAAGGCAAACUAUCGCGAGUCAUUGAUGGCCAGUUUUCGGACAGCUCAUCCAGGAGCACUGUCGGACGUAACCUUACGAUAAAAGUCUUGAAUGAACGAUACCCGGAGACCGGUCCGAUUCCCGAAUGGCUCGUGAAAGAGUUGUGUGAGUGCACUAGAUUCCGGGACUUCUACAACGACCACGUGCUCCGUAUGAUGGGUAUUGCUAUCGAUGCUACCAAGGUCUAUAUCCUGUACGAAGAGAUGGAAAACAGGACCUUAAAGGAGUACAUGAUCAUGUCGACAAAAGACAAGGUGAUUCCCAGUGUGGACCUGAUGGAACUCUGUCUGCAGGUGGCGGAAGGCAUGGAAUAUCUCUCCACCUUGGCCGUGGUACACAAGGACCUGGCCUGCAGGAACUGCUGGGUCGGAAAAGAACGCCUGGUCAAGGUCGCUGACAACUCAUUCAGCGCGGAUCUCUUCUCGAAAGAAUACAUGAGCGAGAAUGGUUCCAUGGUUCCGGUCCGCUGGAUGGCGCCCGAAAGUCUCAAGCAGGGCUUCUUUGAUGCGAAAUCCGACAUAUGGUCGUUUGGCGUGCUUAUGUGGGAGGUAUUUACCGACUGCGAGUAUCUUCCGUUUUACGAAAUUGAGAAAGACAAUGAUGUUAAAAAGAAGGUUUGCUUCGAGGACUACAAGUUGGUGUCGCCGGAAAGCGGAAAAUGCGUAGCAAACCUGAUGCAGGACUGCUUUACGACACUUGGUCGGGAUCGCCCGUCGUUUCGCGACAUCAUUAACCGUCUGUUAAAUACAAUAAGUCCGGGCGCACGCGAGUUACGUCAAUAGCAAAGGUAAAGGUAGCCUUGGUAACUUCAACAAGUGAAUGACGUCAACUGACAACGGUGAAGAAGAUUACGAUUACCAGAAUUUUUGAAGAAAAAAACAGGUCGCAGAUGACUCGGAGGAGGAUUAUAUGAACACCGCGUUUGAUACACGCCAUUGAUUACGUCAUAGUUGACGUCAGUUGGAUAGCAAACUUGUCUAAGCAAUAAAAAGGACACCGUGGAACAAUAUUAAAAACACCAUAUUUGAAAACUGCUGAUAUGGACUAAAGCUUUAAAGAACAAUUAAAAGUCGACAUAAAAUUGAAUCCCACAUAAAUAGGCAUAUGUUGGGAAAUGUGAGUUUGAAAAAAAAUGAAUUAAUACCUCAAAAUACAGAGUAAGAUCAUUCCGGUCAUAUCCCCUAAACUUAUAGAUUUGUGUGAUAGUUACGAUUAAAUGUAGUAUCAUUUCAAAGUGCAUUAUUAGAAGGAAACUAAAAAAAAACACUAAGAAACAACUGGUGAAACCCUUUCCCCUUAUUGUGCUGGAUAUCUUCUAACAGAUGUCAUUGAUAGCACUGUUUGGUUACUUGUUUGCAUGUUGUGAAAUAACCAAGUCCAAGAAACGAACAAAUAUAUGUAUUUAUUUUUUACUUUCUUUAAUGUUAUUUUGUAUACUUGUAUUUGUGUUCGUUAGCUUCUUUGUGUUUUUAUUUCAAAUAGGAUCACUUAAUAUUGAUUUUUUUUGUAUUUUAUAUUUCCAUAUGUAUAAAACAUAAUUUUGAUUAUGAUAUAGUAAAGGGAAGUCGCUUAUUUAGGUCCAAUGUCAAGGUAUCAUUACCUUGUUUCAGAAAUUGGUUUCGUCACGAUAUCCGGAAAAUGAUUAAACUUGCAUUUUAAGUUGGUAUGCUGGUUACUCGUGAGAAAACAAAUGCGCACAAUAUUGUUUUUUUGUAGGUAAAGAGGUCAAAUACAAAGGCAGUGGUGUAGUGGAUAUGGUGUCCGCCUAGUAAUCGGGAGGUCAAGAGUGCGAUCCCUAUUGUGGGAGCGUUCUUUAGAUUUCCCCAAUAAACACCAACUACUGGUUCUAGUCCCAGGAAACGGAAUCGAGAGCGUUUCAAAUAAACCUUAGGCUGUCUAUGCAAUCGAGCGAAAAUUAAUAGGUUUAAACUAAAUAAAAAGGUCGCAAGGGCGUAUAGCAGGAAAAUUGUUUCAACACAAUAACUUGCGAACGCUUUUACCUAUGAUCAUGCAAGCAUGAUUUAUUGGGUUUUUAAGUAAGAGCAUUAUUUAGGGCAUUAGUUUUAAGGUCAAGGUAACAGGAACUUGCAUCAUUAAAUUUGUUUUCGAGCAAUAUCUAGCGAAAGCUUAAUAAUAUAUACAUAAUGCUGGUUAUUCGUGAAGGAGGCUGACUCUUAUGGUUUUGAAAUCAAAGAUAUCUAAGGUGAAGGUCACCUUUGCCACAAGUCGGGGCAUACAUGUUUGCAAACUUCUCUUGUUUAGUAUAUGACACAUGUCUGUGAUGUUUGGAUUGGCUUUAUGUAAUAUAUGCCUCUACGUGCAUCUAUGUUGAUUAUAGUAUUGUCGUUUCUGGUAA